AUGGCGGACCCAGAUCCAGAUAAGGUGAAGGCAAUUGUGCAAAUGACUGCCCCACAUACAGUGAAGCAAGUGCGCCAGUUUCUGGGAGCCACUGGAUUCUUUAGAAAACAUGUCCAAGAUUAUGUCACUAUAGCUGCUCCUUUAUCUUCUCUGCUGAAGAAGCAGGCCAAAUUCCACUGGGCGUACUUUUCCAGGAAACUUCGGGAAGGAGAGAACAAGUUCCCAACUAUAGAUGUGGAAGCCCUGGCAGUAGUCGAAGCAGUAAGAACCCAUGAACUUUCAUUUUAUGACUACAAGUUGAUAUACAAACCUGGUGCAUCGCAUUAUGUGCCAGAUUCAUUAAGUCGUAAGAUUUCCCCAAUUGAUGAGAUAUUGGAUACCCAGACAGUGGCUGCUGGUCAACAGGAAGAUCCGUUAUGGAGCGAGAUUCGUGAUUACCUCCAGGAACAUAGGAUACUCCGACGCAGGAUCCCACUCAACCUUGAGGAGUUCGAGAUGAGAGACAACCUAUUACAUUAUCUCCGGGUGCUUCCAGGAAGGGUUGUCAGUCAGCUGGUUAUUCCAUGUAAUCUGCGGACCAGGGCUCUGGAGGCUAUCCAUGCAGAUGCAGCUUCUGCUCAUCCAGGAAUUUUCCGGACUUACUGUUGUCUCAGGGAUCAUUACUAUUUUCCCCAAAUGCUGGCCGAGACGAAGAAUAUGUGA